ACGUGGGCGGUACGAGAUCUUGUGCUCUGUCAAAGGGAGAGAAAAAAGUGUCCCAAAGAGUGAAAGCUAUUGUGUCUCACAGAUCACUUUUUCGAUCAGUAAAGUUCUUUGACACUUACAGGCAUGGUCUAAGAAAAUCUUGUGAUUGCAAUUAAAGUACUUAAUUGCUUGUGAAAGAUUUAAUAAGUGAGCUGUCAGUCCCGACCUUGGCAGUGUGAAAUAUAGAUUUUAAGAUAAGCAUAAUGCACGGUGUUUUGCCCACAUGCUCUUUUUGGCUUUGCCUUUGUCUUGGCCUAGCCUGGGCCAGUCCACAGCUUAAUCUGCCGACCCCACAGCCGGAGAUCUCCUACAAUGGCUACACCCCCAACGUGGCUACGACGCCCGCCCAGUUGAGGGCGGAUCGUAAUCGCGACCAACGCUACGGGCCGCCCUAUGCGGACGAUGUCGGCGGGGGAGCCGCGGAUGACGGAUCCGAUGACUUUAGGUACGGCCAGACCUAUGACGAACGCAUGAGAAUAGGCUAUGCCUAUCCCUCGCCGCGUGUGAACUUCAGCGAGCACCCUGACUCACCCUUCAGCGCGGAUGCCAAUCAGUAUGCCAACCACAACUACGGUCCGAUCUCCAGCACCACCGAUCGCAACUCUGGAAUUGAUCCCAACGCCAACGGCCGAUACUCGGAUGUCCCCUACUCCACUCCAGACAACAGGAACUACAACCCCAACGACCAGUACAACUAUAAUAACAAUCCCAAUGUGGAUUUUGUGGGGGUGAACAACCGGAAUCGCUUCGAGAACCCCUUCCUGUCCAACCAGGACCGCUUCAACCUCAAUCAGGGCUACCUGGAGCGGCAGCGGUACCAACAGGACCGUCGCUACCAGCAGGAGCUGGAGAAGCUGCGCACUCUGUUGGUGGAAUCCGAUCAGAAGGGCUCCCUGGAGUGCAUGGCCAACGUGGCGGCCCAGUGGAAUUUCGAGACAAACGUAAACGAUUUUACACAGACGGAAGCGCUUAAUGCUCAACAACGCUAUGUGGAGUUCCAGCGAAUCACGGCGGAACAGUCGAAGCGCAUUAACAAGGACCUCAUCUUUGAUCGCCGCCUCUACAGACAACUGAUGUUGCAGUCUGAAGUGGGGCCCAACGCUCUGCCCUUGGACGUUCUAGACAGGUACAAUCGCCUGUUGAAUGAAAUGCUUUUCCUAUACAACAGCGCCAGUGUCUGCGCCUACCAGCAGCCAUUCCAGUGCGACCUGCACUACAUACCACACCUCAAGGACAUCAUGGCCAAGAGUAGGGAUUGGGAUGAGCUACAGCACACGUGGGUGGAGUAUCACCGAAAAGCCGGACGUGGAAUGCGCGACAGCUACGAGCAGCUCAUUGAUGUAAUGCAGGAGGUGGCCUAUGUGAACAAUGUGACCAAUGGCGGCGAGUACUGGUACCUGGCUUACGAGUCGGGCAACUUUCGCCAGGAUAUGGAUAUUGUGUGGGAGCAAAUCCGUCCGCUGUAUGAGGCUCUGCACGCCUAUGUGCGAAGGAAGCUUAGGGAUUACUAUGGACCGGACCGCAUUAACCGCAUAGCCCCCAUUCCUUCUCACAUUCUGGGCAACAUGUUCGGCCAGUCGUGGUCGAAUGUCCUCGACAUACUCAUUCCGUAUCCAGGUCGCAAGUUGAUUGAUGUCACACCCCGCAUGGUUGAGCAGGGAUACACUCCGCAGCUGAUGUUCCAGCUGGCCGAGGAGUUUUUCACCUCCAUCAACAUGUCCGCCGUCGGACCGGAGUUCUAUCGGAACUCGGUAUUGGAACAGCCCCUGGACAGGAGGGUGCUGUGCGAACCCUCGGCCUGGGACUUCUGCAAUCGUCACGAUUUUCGUGUCAAAAUCUGCACCGACAUCAAUCAGCGGAGUCUGAUCAGCGUGCACCACGAGAUGGCUCACAUUCAGUACUUCCUUCAAUACCGUCAUCUGCCCAAGGUCUUCCGGAAUGGUGCCAAUCCGGCCUUCCAUCAAGCUGUGGGCGAUGCCAUCGGGCUGGCCGUGUCCACUCCAAAGCAUUUGCAGACAUUGGGCCUACUUCAACGAUCAUUGGAUGAGUCCAGCUAUGACAUUAACUACCUCUUUACUAUGGCCAUUGACAAGGUGGCCUUUCUGCCCUUUGCCUUGUCUUUGGAUAACUGGCGCUACGACGUCUUCAGCGGAAAUGCGAACAAGCGAACUAUGAACUGCCAUUACUGGAAUAUGAGGGAAAAGUAUUCUGGUAUCAAGCCGCCUGUCCUGCGAUCUGAGAAGGACUUCGAUUUGGGUGCCAAGUACCAUAUACCGGCAAAUAUUCCGUACAUCAAAUACUUUUUCUCGACGGUGCUGCAGUUCCAGCUCUACCGGGGCAUGUGCCGCGAGGCGGGCCAAUAUGUUCCCGGCGAUCCCAGGAAGCCGCUGCACAAAUGCGACAUUUACCGCCAGCCAGCCGCUGGCAAUAUGCUCAAAAAGCUAAUGGCCAAGGGCGCCUCCCAGCCAUGGCAAGAGGUACUUGAGGAGACCCUGCAGGAGGGCCGCCUGGACGGCAGCGCCUUGCGGGAAUACUUUGCUCCGCUCGAGGAAUGGCUGCGCCUGGAAAACCUGCGCACGAACGAAUACGUUGGCUGGAACUACGAUGGAGACUACUGCAAGCGAAGCAUUGAAACUGCUGGUCUUCAGGUCUAUGGAGGCUUCUACAACGGGGCCAACCAGGGAUCAGCCCUAAACAUUCUGAUCCUCAUGAUCUGCUCUUGCUUAAGCUUACGUUUCAGCUAGAUUUUUAGAAAGUGGGAGACAUAUGUACAUACACAUAUGUAUGUUAAGAUGUAUGUUAAGAUAAUGUUAACUAACAGUCAAACAAAAUGUUGUACUUAUACACUCACAACUUCCGCCUAUUCAAUUCGCACCUAUAGCUACUAUAUCCAUAACCAAGUUGAACUUGAAUCAAUGCCAAAAAAAUACACACAGACAUAAUUCUAAAAUAAAACAAAAAAAUAAACGCAAAUCUGACAAAUUGCCAGACCGGCGGCACCCUAAAAACUGCAACCGAACAACAAA